GAUCGUCAUAUAUAAGAAAGCAAUCGCCGUAGACGACUCGAUACCGCGGAAUCUUGCGUUAGCCAACGAGCACAGUGAUAAACGUUGGCUCUUUGUGGAUCAUCAUCAGCAGCAACAUCCCAAAAUGUUCGCGAGAUUUUUGUGGGCUGUCGCGGCGACAGUCGCGCUAUUCUGCGUUUAUUCUUACGCUCAGUUAGAAGUUCCGCCUGGAGCUGUGUCUCGAGCCUGCAUAGGCUGUAUAUGUGAAGUCAGCUCGGGAUGUAACACCACUAUCGGAUGUUCGGAGUCGGUAUGCGGACCGUUCGCCAUAACGUGGGGCUAUUGGGCUGACGCCGGUAAGCCGACCUUAAACGGCGAGCCAAGCACCAGCAGUGACGCUUACCCUCGAUGUGUUAACGAUCCCUACUGCGCCGCUCGUGCUAUACAAGGCUACAUGGCUAAAUAUGCUCAGGAUUGCACCGGUAAUGGGGUGGUAGACUGCGAAGAUUAUCUGCGUGUUCAUCGACUCGGUGCGGGCGCCUGCACCGGCACAUUAAAUUCGAAAUACGAGAACAAGUUCAAGUUGUGUGUGCGAACGUUUGGACAAUAAUUAUCAGCCAAAUUCCCGUAGCAUAAAAUAUCCGAAACAACUCAUUUUCUAUCAUAUUUAUCAGAUAUUCAGAUGAUAAUCGUCUUUCAAUUCUCUUAUUGAUACAUUGUGAUCUACAUUAAUUCUUUUUUUGUACGCUCGUCUAUAUUUUAUAAUUAUAAAGAAAGAUACAGAGUGCUUUCCAGCAAAACACAGUGUAACACAAUGUCCAUUAGUGUAGAAAGAGUAUAUCGGUGUGUCUCACUCACAUUAGUAGACACUGUGUUAUACGGUGUCUUGCUAAAAAGUACCCAAGUAUUGAUAAGUAUAGGUUGAUAUAAAUAUA